ACGCAUAGACAGUCCGUCCGCGCGCACAGAGCGACAGCAGCAGCCGCACCUCCCGCAGACACCGAAUCGCGUCUCAUUCGUCAUACAUUCUUCGUGUUAAAUACCGACGACAACGAUGGUCUGAAGAGAUUUAGGCGAUCAAUUUGUGAAUGUAAUUCCAUUACAUUCAUCUGAUCAGCGCGCGUAAAGGCCGCUUUGGUUUCGCAGUCUCCUCAGUCGCCUUCUCUCUGAGAGAUUCACGUGCCCAUGCGAUUCUUCAGACUCACCUUUAAGUGUUUCGUGGAUUGUUUUUGAAGGUGAUGUUUCAAAUCGGUGUCUUUUUUCUUUCACGAUCUGUUAUUUAUUUUCCAAACGCGUUUUUUUAACGAAACAAACCAAUAAUAACCGUUGCCAAUUUCGCCGAGAGAAUCAAACUGCCAUCCCCUUGACCGUUUGACAUUGAAGAGAAACUGAAAAAAAAUAAAUAAAACAUCCGUAAAGAAUAGCACUGCAGAUUUGAUUGAAUAAAAGGACAAAGGACCGUAUCCCGUGCACCUGGAGAAGAACAAAAGGGACAUCUUGGUGUGAAUAAAUAAAAUUGACUUAAUCCAAAAACAAAUAAUUAUUUUUGACUGCUGAUUUAAGCCCCUCUCGAGUCUCGUGAGGAGGUUCGUUUGCUUUGUUUACAUGAAGAUGGAUAAAUCCUCUCUGGACGCAGAAUGCUGCGCCCUGAACACGGUCCUGGUGGAGGAGAAGAAGGGCCAUCUCAUUCCCAAUGGAAGCGCGCAUCAAGGCGCCAACGGGACCCUCACCAUAUCAGCGGCUACCGGAGCCAUGUCGGCGGCGCAGAAGAAGCAGGCUUUACCCGAGCGAGAGACGUGGACCAGACAGAUGGACUUCAUGAUGUCCUGUGUGGGGUUCGCCGUGGGUCUGGGGAACGUCUGGCGCUUCCCGUACCUGUGCUACAAAAAUGGUGGAGGAGUGUUCCUCAUUCCCUAUGUGUUGUUCAUAUUUCUGGGAGGCAUUCCGAUAUUCUUCCUGGAGAUUGCGCUGGGUCAGUUUAUGAAGGCAGGAAGCAUCAAUGUGUGGAACAUUGCACCUCUUUUUAAAGGACUUGGCUUUGCCUCCAUGGUGAUUGUGUUUUUCUGUAACACGUACUACAUCAUGGUACUCGCCUGGGGUUUCUACUACUUCAUAAAGUCCCUCAGUUCCACGCUGCCCUGGUCCAGCUGUGACAACCCGUGGAACACCGAAAACUGCAUCGUGAACUUCCGCCACAACGAAUGCCACAACGGCACCAUUGGCAACUCCACAUUCGGGAACCGGACAUGUGAAGAACUUGCUAAUGGCCGUUCCCCUAUCAUUGAAUUCUGGGAGAACAAGGUUCUGAACAUCUCUGAUGGGCUGGAUGAGCCAGGAGUCAUAAACUGGGAACUGUUGCUGUGUCUUAUGGCUGUGUGGGUGAUGGUUUACUUCUGUGUGUGGAAGGGGGUGAAGUCAACAGGAAAGAUUGUGUAUGUCACUGCCACGUUCCCGUAUGUGGUCCUGAUUAUUCUCCUGGUGAGGGGCGUCACUCUUCCUGGUGCUUAUGAUGGGAUCAUGUACUAUGUCAAACCCGACUGGUCUAAGCUAGGAGAGGCACAGGUCUGGAUCGAUGCUGGUACUCAAAUCUUUUUCUCCUAUGCUAUCGGACUCGGAGCCCUCACGGCCCUCGGCAGCUAUAACCGAUUCAACAAUGACUGCUAUAAGGACGCUUUUGUUCUGGCUUUCAUUAAUAGUGGCACCAGUUUCUUUUCUGGUUUCGUGGUCUUCUCCAUCUUAGGUUUCAUGGCGUCUGAACAAGGUGUGGAUAUCUCUAAAGUGGCUGAAUCAGGCCCCGGUUUGGCGUUCAUAGCAUACCCUAAAGCCAUUUCUAUGAUGCCCAUGGCUCCGGUGUGGGCUGCCCUAUUCUUCAUCAUGCUGCUGCUGCUGGGACUGGACAGUCAGUUUGUUGGUGUUGAGGGUUUCGUAACUGGCAUUCUUGAUCUUUUCCCUGGAAAGUAUUACAUGCGCUAUAAGCGCGAAAUCGCUGUGGCGAUCUGCUGUUUAUUAUGCUUCAUUAUAGAUCUCUCCAUGGUUACACAGGGAGGGAUGUACGUCUUCCAGCUUUUUGACUACUACUCAGCCAGUGGAAUGACCCUACUCUGGCAAGCAUUCUGGGAAUGCGUGGUUGUCGCGUGGGUUUAUGGUGCUGACAGGUUCAUGGAUGAUAUUGCGCGUAUGAUCGGUUACCGGCCAUUCCCGUGGAUGAAAUGGUGCUGGUCCUUUAUAACUCCAUGUGUUUGCAUGGGUAUCUUCCUGUUUCAUCUACUGAACUACAAGCCUCUGACCUACAACAAUGUGUAUGUGUACCCGUGGUGGGGCGAGGUGAUCGGAUGGUGUCUGGCUCUCUCCUCCAUGCUCUGUAUCCCCGUUAGCGUUGUGUACAAGCUCUCUGCGGCCAAGGGAACAUUCAGAGAGCGUUGGGAAAAUCUGACCAAACCAGUGUGGGGAGCCCAUCACCUCGAAUACAUGGCCCCUGACACUGACAUUAAAAGCCUGGCCUCUCUGUCUCCUGGAACGGAGGAGAACAAGGUGAUCAUUUUUGAGAGUGUUAUGUAGAUUAAAGGGAAAUGCUACGACAACCCUCCUAAGGCAAGCUGGUUGAAGAAAUCUUCAGUAUUUUAUUUUUAUUUUUUGGGUCAUUUUAUGGAAUUCUGCAUCAUCUUACAGUCUUAAAACCUCUGAUGGAAAUUGACGGUUACAUUUUGUUUCGUACAACAGAUCCUCUAGCAUGCACAUUACCAGAUGCUCCUCCUCCUCCACCUGUUGAAACGGCAAACUAUAUACAUGAUUUAAAAAAAAAAACAAUGUGCAAAGUUUAUUGCAGAUAUCAAGACUUGCAGGGUGAAAGCAGCAUGUCUUUGGAGGGGACAGUAUAGUGUAGUCUAUAACAUUAUUUCACAGAGCGGCAGAAUUCCCACAGGCCACUUUCCUGAACGUGAUAUGGGUCUCUUUGCACUGACAUGAGUAUCAAAUCUGAGCAAGAAGCACAUGGAUAAAAGGAAAAAAAAACAAUACAGAUAAUAAUUAGUAAUUAACGUUUAUAAAUUCAUAUAAUCUCAUGCAUAUUUAAACUAAAAUAAUAUACGCUUCAAUAAACUGUUUAACUGAUCAGCAAAAACAGAUCUAACAAUCAAACUAAAUGUGUACAUUUUAUGCCAACAAGGCUACAUGUAGUUACCAAAUAUUGAGAUAUAAAUAUUGAAUAUUGUAGCUUGUGCUUGAUGUGUAUUUAUCUGAGACAGGUGACCUCAUUUCCUAGUGCAUGAUAUCACAACGUUUACUGUACGUGCCAAACGGAGCGUGACGUCCAUCUCUGCUCGGGCUUGUCAGGAGAUGGUUUCAGUUGCCAUAAAUAAAAUCAAUAACUUCCUAGUUCAGCUGAAAUGUACUUUGUGCUCCAUCUAUCCUGCACAUCAAGAGAUGCAUGCUUGGAAGCAUCUAGAGUUUUGAAUCAGACACAUGCAGGAUUUCAGACAUGGUGCUUGUGAACCUAAAGUUGCAUUUUGUUAAAGACUGAUUUGUUAAAGUCAACACGAUGCAUUCAUUUUUGACAGUGCAAUCAAUAAUUUAUCCAGUUUCACUCUGAAUAUCAUCACAUUAGUGAAUUACAACAGACUGCAAGCAACGUUUCCUGCAGACUUUGUUUACAAUUUUAGUUUCAGUUCUACAUUUUGAGUGCCAGUAUUAGUAGGCUCUCUGGAAAAAAAUAUAGAUUUUAAAAAAGCCAGUGCAAAUAAAACAUUGUAUAGUUUCACAAAAAAGCAUAUUAUUGUAAAGAUUCCUAUAGCUUUAUCAAUCCAAUAUUCUACAGAUUGAAAGCAGGUUAUAGUGGGCAAUAUAACCGAUAAGAUUUUUGAAAACAAAUCCAUUUAGAUGCAGCAUUUGUUUUUUGUUUUUUUGCCUCAGUGUAUGUUCUGCUGUAAAGGCUGUGACCGCAGGUGAACUAUAGACAUGUAGUUGCCAAACUUUGCCUUUAUUUGUCUUAAGUUGAGAACCCAUAGACAAAUAGCCAAGAUUAAACAAGACACACCAGCCUCAUUCCGACCUGUGGGAAUUCUGCCCUGUAGGAGAAUCAACUCAAACACUAAAUCAUUGUGACAUUAUAGAUGUAAUCAGAAUGUACAAAUUAGACUACAUAAUGUAAGGCCUCAGAAAAUAUUUGCACAUUGUUGUAAAAUCUGCUAGCACUUUUUUAAUCGUGUUAGAAAGCAUUUUCUUUUUUCUUCUUGUGAUUUACAUGCUGUAAAAUAAAUCAGAGAUUUAUUUUGUGAAGGCUUUUAUUUUGCUUAUAUGCAUAUAAAUAUAAAUACAUAUUGAUAAAUGUGUGCUAUAUUUUAACAUUUGAUGCUGUAUGUACUUUUGAUAAAGAUGAUAGCAUGGAGUGGGAAUUCUUAGUGAAAUGUUGCAAAGCAGUUGCCAGAAAGGAUACAAGAGAUAGCACACAAAAUUAUUUUAUUUAAAAUAUCAAGUGCUGCGGUUGUUAAAUGUUUUAGAUUGUGUGUGUAAAACUCCAGUAUUUUCUGCUGACCACCCAGAAUCCAGCUCGAUUUGGUUUUCAAUGACCAUUUAUAUUGGUGAAACCAUUUACCUUACCAGAGGCUAGAAGAACAGGUGGUUAUUUCAGCAAAAGGUGGCUCUACCAAAAACUGAUGCUAUUUUUUGAUUGGCUACCCACAUUUUUUCACCUGUGUGUUUUUGUUCCGAAUCACAUUGUAUUGUUUCUAUCGAUUCAAAAAAUGUUAUUUUAGAACUUUAAAAAAGUGUUUCCACAAGGUAUCAAAUAUAUCCAAAUGAAGUUGCUGUUUCGAAAGGCCAGCAGAUUAUGUAUUUAAAUUAUGAUCAUUCAGGGGUGCCAAAACUUUUGCAUAAAACUGUAUAAUUUUAUAUCUCACUGUAAAAUACCCAUAAACCAACAAGUUUGGGGGAAAACUAGAAUAUUUCCAUUUAAAAAUAAAUAAAAACCUUCCACAGUUUCCCCCUAAAUGGGUGUGUGUCUGUGUAUAUAUAGAUGUCCAUUUUAGUGGCACAUCCAUUCAUUCCCAUAGAGCUGAUGCCUUUAUGACUGUCAGCAGUGAGAAUGAUCUAAGUGCCCCUCAGACAUCUGAGGACUAAGUUAACCUCCUCACCACUUCCAAUUUAGAGAUACUGGUUUACCAAAGGCCUUACUCGUUUACCCAUCAAACUAUUAAGUCCAAUUUGAGUUAAAGUAAUAUCGCACUCAAAAAAUUGCUAAUAAUUUACACACUCUUGGGCCUUCCAAAAUAUGAGUUUGUUUCUUCAGGGAACAGAUUUGGAGAAAUGUAGCAUAACAUCAUUUGCUCACUAAUGGAUCCUCUGCAGUGAAUGGGUGCCGUCAGAAUGAGAGUCCAAACAGCUGAUGAAAACAUCACAGUAAUCCACACGACACCAGUCCAUCAAUUAAUGUCUUGUAAGUGAAAAGCUGUAUUAGUCAAAAACCAAUCCAUCAAGCCGUUUUUUACUUCGGUUUUACAAUUGUGAUGCUUUUAUCAGCUCUUUCAGCUCUUAUUCUGACGGCAUCUACACGUUGGAUGGCCUGUGGGUGAGCACGUUUUCAGCUAAAUAGUAUUUUUGUCAAACUGCAAACAAAAAAUCAGUCAAAUCGAACACAAAUUUUCAGCAUCAGAAAGAUUCAUUUCGUUCCGUCCGAAUAAGAGCCUGGGUUGGUCAGUAGAUAAAUUAUUAGAUAGUGAUUACAUGUAGAAAUGUUUAUCUAGAAAAAAAUGUUUUAUGUCAUUUCUUGUGCUCUGCCAAAUGUUCUCGACAGUAUCUUUGCACUGAAGGUUUGCUGAAAGUUUGUCGAGAUAUAGAGGAAAAGUUACACAAAGUCCUUAAAGUGAAUGGUGAAGCGCACAGGAGAAUCGCAUCUAAAUCAAUCUCCGAUUACACUCAGAAUGCAGUGUCCACUUAACUCAAUUAGCCUUUGUUCACUGCUUCCAGACUUAGUUACAGAUUCAGUAGAACCAAACGAUGAGAGGACCAUCUAAUGAGAGAAUGAGUCCAAAGCUUCGGGUGACGAUACUGUCUUGAAACACCACAGUUGACUCGGUAAUAAGAUCACUGACUUCUUUCAUUCUUGUGGUUUGUAACACACUGUGAUGUAACCAUGGUUGUUCAUUUUUAACCCGAACAUUAGUAAAGCUAAGGUAACUCCACCAUGUGUGUUAGUGUCCCAUCGAUCUAACAGGAUCCCUCUCGUGUAAGAAGGGCUUCAUGCUCCACCACUGUGAUCUUGUGCUGAUCCACCUGUCCAAGUCAAAGCAACAAAUGGCAAUAAACUAACUCCAUGAAGAA